AUGGCUAAAAAAUCAAGGAAUAAUAGACGCAAGACAGCAGGUAAGUUCACUACUAACCCCACACAGUAUUUGCCAUUAUGCAAUCUGACCAAGUAUGACCAUACAUAUGAUAGGGCAACUGACCUUAUCACUGUCACAAAUAAAAGACAGGAUAGAGUUGUAGGCGUAUUUGAUUAUCCCGAGCUAUGUGAAUAUAUG